UUCGAUUCCCGCCAAACCCAUUCCCAAAACGCUAAUUAUAUAAAAUUUUCAAACAUUUUUCUCCAACUUCGUCAAAAACCCUAAUAACCAUAAUUUGAACACAAAAAAAUUAAAACAAAACCAUAAACCCUAGCCACCACCACCUCAGAACACCCCAAGAAAAAUGGACCCGAAAGAAGUGAAAUCGGACCUGGUUCUGAUCCUGGACUAUGGUUCCCAAUACACCCACCUCAUCACCCGCCGAAUCCGAGCUCUUUCCGUCUUCUCCCUCUGCAUCUCCGGCACCAGCCCGCUCAAAUCCAUCACCGACCUCAACCCCCGCGUCGUCAUCCUCUCCGGUGGGCCCCACUCCGUCCACACCCCGGACUCCCCAACCUUCCCCGACGGCUUCGUCGAGUGGGCCAGCUCCAACGGCGUCUUCGUCUUGGGCAUCUGCUAUGGCCUCCAGCUUAUCGUGCAGAGGCUCGGUGGGGAAGUGAGGGUUGGGGAGAAGCAGGAGUAUGGAAGAAUGGAUAUCGAGGUAGAGAAAAGUUGUGGGCUUUUUGGGUCGAAGAGUGUUGGUCAUAAACAGGUCGUUUGGAUGAGCCACGGUGAUGAGGUCGCUAAGUUGCCUGACGGGUUCGAGGUGGUGGCUAGAAGCCAGCAGGGUUCGGUGGCUGCCAUCGAGAAUUCGCUGAGGAGGUUCUAUGGACUCCAGUAUCAUCCGGAGGUUACACAUUCACCAGAAGGGAUGGAAACACUUCGUUCUUUUCUAUUUGAUGUCUGUAGAGUCAAUGCUGGCUGGAAGAUGGAAGAUGUAUUGGAUGAAGAGAUAAAAGUUAUUAAUGACACCGUGGAGCCCGAUGAACAUGUUAUAUGUGCAUUAUCAGGGGGUGUGGAUUCCACGGUUGCUGCUACACUUGUUCACAAGGCGAUUGGGGAUAGACUUCAUUGUGUUUUUGUUGACAACGGUUUAUUGAGGUAUAAGGAGAGAGAACGUGUGAUGGAAACCUUCCAAAGGGAUCUUCAUUUGCCCGUUACUUGUGUGGAUGCAACAGAACAAUUUCUUAAUAAGCUGAAAGGUGUGGUAGAUCCAGAGGUGAAAAGGAAAAUAAUUGGAAAAGAGUUCAUUAGUAUUUUUGAUGCUUUUGCCCAUGAUUUGGAGCAAAAGUUAGGAAGAAAACCUGUUUACCUGGUCCAAGGAACCUUGUAUCCUGAUGUUAUUGAAUCUUGCCCGCCACCUGGUUCUGGAAGAACUCAUUCCCACACAAUCAAGAGCCAUCAUAAUGUUGGAGGGCUUCCCAAGGACAUGAAAUUGAAGCUCAUUGAACCACUUAAGCUUCUCUUUAAGGAUGAGGUUCGCCAACUAGGGAGGAUCUUAAAUGUUCCUGAGGCAUUUUUAAAGCGUCAUCCAUUUCCUGGGCCUGGACUUGCAGUUCGAGUCUUGGGUGAUGUAACUCAAGAGAAUGCCUUGGAUAUCCUCCGGGAGGUUGAUGAGAUUUUCAUUCAGUCAAUUAAGGAUGCUGGGCUUUAUGAUAUAAUCUGGCAGGCAUUUGCAGUGUUUUUGCCUGUAAGAUCAGUUGGAGUUCAAGGUGACCAGAGAACACAUUCUCAUGUUGUUGCUCUUAGAGCUGUUACUAGUCAAGAUGGAAUGACCGCAGACUGGUACUAUUUUGAGCACAAGUUCCUUGAUGAUGUGGCACGAAAGAUUUGCAACAGUGUUCGAGGUGUUAACAGAGUGGUUCAAGACAUUACAUCAAAGCCUCCAUCAACAAUUGAAUGGGAAUAAUACCAAUCAGGGUAUGCUUAUGGCUUAAUGUAGGAACUGAGUAAGGUUAUGAUUGUAUAUGAGCCAAAGUUAUAAAUCAUUUUUUAUUUACCUUUUUGUAUCAAAUCCUGCAAGAUCGGCAACAUUUGGAAAUCUUUUAAGGCCUCACAUUGUGAAAUGUUAGAUGCUUGGCAAUACUCUUAUAGAAGCCAGAUUUACUUCAUGCCAGAUAAUAUGAUUUUUCAAUGGAGAAUACAAAGAAAAAGACUUUUUAUUUUGUUUUCA